UAAUGCGGUUGAUAAAGGUAAUGUGGGCAAUCCCAUCUUGUCAUCCGUAGCGGAUACGAAGAAUGAUGUAUCGUUCGCCCAUGCGACAGAACCCUACAUCACCGAUCAGAAUGUUUUCGUAGGAGGAAAUCUAUAUUCAAGGGAUGAGUUGACGAAUGUGACGCCCAACAUCUUAUCGAAGACUACACGCCGAUUGCAUUUGCAGCCACUGCAUCCUAUUUCGAUUCUUCGCGCUUACAUUGAAUCGCAUUUCGAUGGAUUCCAUUAUUUCAACUCAUUUAGCCCCAUUGUCACGACAGCUCAAAAUUUUGAUGACCUUGGAUUUCCAAAGGAUCACCCGGGUCGAAGUACCACUGAUAGCUAUUAUAUCAACAAGUCCAUAAUGUUAAGAACUCACACAUCGGCUCACCAACUUCAGGCCUUUAGGUCUGGCGCCGAAAAAUUUCUAAUUAGCGCCGAUGUUUAUAGAAGGGACGAGAUUGACUCAUGUCAUUAUCCCAUAUUCCAUCAAAUGGAAGGGGCACAGAUUUUUAAUACAUCGAAUGCGGUCGAAGAAACACUGAGUGACAUGAAUCGAAAUCCUUCCCAACUGACAGAGUCCAUAAGAACCGAUGAUAAUACGGUUAUUGGGUCUACAAAUCCAAUACAACCGUGUCACCCGAUUGAGGCCGCAAAUGCGACCAUUGCGCACUUAAAACACACAUUGAAUGUUAUGGUUAGAAAAUUGUUCAGGGACGAAAAAGAUUUAAAAGUUAGGUGGAUUGACGCUUAUUUCCCUUUCACGAGUCCAAGUUGGGAGAUGGAAAUAUUUUACAAUGGAAAAUGGUUAGAAAUUUGUGGAUGCGGAGUAGUUAAACAAGAACUCCUUAAUAAAUCCGGUAAACCAGACAAGAUAGGCUGGGCGUUUGGGUUAGGUUUAGAGCGUAUCUCUAUGAUAUUAUUUGACAUACCCGACAUACGUCUAUUCUGGUCACAAGACCCACGAUUCUCGGAUCAAUUUAAGUCGGGCGAAAUUACAAAAUUUCAAAUGUUUUCAAAGUAUCCUUCAUGCAUCAAAGACAUAAGUUUUUGGACUAAUGACGAAAGCGGGCAAGAAUUCCACGAAAACAAUUUUUGUGAAAUCGUAAGAGACAUCGCCGGAGACUUGGCAGAGGACGUGCAAUUGGUUGGUUUUUAUUUCCUAACGGUUUAA